AUAAGGCAUAUAAUAAGCCCAAGUCACGACUUAACCUCUCGCUUCCAAUCCUCCUCGUUUCGCUUUCGGCCUUUCGGAUCGUACCACGCUCGCCAUCUAUCGAAGUUUCAGUCUUUCCUUCUUAAGACACGGUUACAAUUAAGAUGUUUGGAGGUAGAGCCAUCCACCGGUUUCUUAGAGAGAAACUUCAGUCACAAAGCAGUUCAUCUUUGUUUUUGUCAUCUUUUAUUUCCAAGAAAGGGCAUGAAGGUCUUGGAUUUGGCACUUCAAAUUCCUUGAGGGCAUUGGCUGUAGUUGGAGCUGGUGUAUCAGGAGUGUUGAGCUUUGCUACAAUCUCAUCCUGUGAUGAGGCUGAACAUGGUCUGGAAGUCCCAAGCUAUCCUUGGCCUCAUAAGGGCAUUCUAGGAUCCUAUGAUCAUGCUUCGAUUCGGCGUGGUCAUCAAGUUUAUCAACAAGUAUGUGCUUCCUGCCAUUCCAUGUCUUUGGUUUCAUAUCGUGAUUUGGUGGGCGUCGCCUACACAGAGGCAGAAACCAAGGCUAUGGCUGCUGAGAUUGAAGUUGUUGAUGGCCCUAAUGAUGAAGGGGAAAUGUUUACUCGGCCUGGGAAACUGAGUGAUCGGUUUCCUGAGCCAUAUCCAAAUGAACAAGCAGCUAGAUUUGCAAAUGGUGGGGCUUAUCCUCCAGAUCUAAGUCUUAUCACAAAAGCUCGUCACAAUGGCCAAAAUUAUGUAUUUGGCCUUUUAACUGGGUACCGUGAUCCUCCAGCUGGCGUUUCGAUCCGUGAAGGGUUGCAUUAUAACCCUUACUUCCCGGGAGGUGCUAUAGCCAUGCCUAAAAUGCUCAACGACGGAGCUGUUGAGUAUGAAGAUGGUACCCCUGCAACUGAGGCUCAGAUGGGGAAGGAUGUGGUAUCCUUCCUGUCAUGGGCAGCAGAACCUGAAAUGGAAGAGAGAAAACUGAUGGGAUUCAAGUGGAUCCUUCUGCUGUCACUGGCCCUCCUUCAAGCUGGGUACUACCGGCGCCUCAAGUGGUCGGUUCUCAAAUCCCGGAAGCUGGUCAUCGACCCCAUCAAUUAGUCCGAUGCCUCUGUGUUUUGCAUAUCAAGGAUCUCAAGUAUGCUGCCAAUAAUUUUGUUCCAUUGACUGACUGACUGACAAAGAAAGAAACAGCUGCCAUUCAUUCCCUAUUACAAUUUGACAAGGAAGGAAUAAAUAGUUGAAAGAAAAGUUGCAGAGAUUUUCUUGAUUUGAUGAGCUCUCUGCCGAUUGAUUGUUCAUUUUUAUUUGAAUUUGGAAAACAUUCUCAUUCGUCUUUCAUAAUUUAUGUUGUUUUCAUUCCCUUUAAUUUAAUCUGGGCUUUAAUA